UGAACCUUUCGUGGAAUUUACAUUCGUGUUGUUGGAGGUGUGCGUGUCGGUGGGGUUUUCGUCGAUCUCUGUUGUAGAAAAAAAAACAUAACGUAAAUAAACCUUUCAGAAACCGGCUACUAUGGCUGAAGCGAGACUUGGUGUGGCGUUUCAAUUCCAAGUUACAGAGGAAGGAAUAAUCGUCAACUUUGACAGAAAUGCACUCAAGUUUGUUGGUCGCGCCAUUGUGAAGUCUGCAAAACGACGAGUGAAAGGCGCAAAGAAAGCGAUUUUGAAGAGAUCUUUCCCUGCAACUCCAGCGACGUGGAUCCUUCUAGUGGCUGCUCUAAGCGCUGCGAGAUAUUCAGAACACGAAACAACAGUCGGAGUUUUGGGAAAAGUCGAGCGCGGACUUCCUUGGUAAGCUUAAGUAUUUUGUAAUACAAGUGGACUUUGUCCUCUUUAGUAAUAAAGAACUUUUACCAACUCGUAAAUGAGCAGCGGCAAAUGAUAGCAACAUCGUCACUGAGGUGUAAGUUUAAAUUCUUGAAGUUAAGACGAUGUAUCUUAGGUUCCAGUUUUCGUUUUCCUUAUCACGAACUAAGCCUUUGUACGACAGUAACGGGGAGCCGCUGAGAAUGAGAUCACAUUCUUAACAUUGUGGAAUACGAAAGCUCAAGCUUAAAGUUUGGCGAUUAUAAAUAGGUUAUUGAUAUAGUAACAUCUUUUUCAGUGUUAUUAUUUAUAUUUUCAAACUGGAAAAACACAGUUAUCUUUUAAUUUAUCGUAAACUGGUACUGCGUCGAAUAAUAAAUUAUUGUUAGUGUGAACGGGCGGGUAGCCGAAUUCAGAUGAGGUAAACCGAACUUGCGUCGAAUUUUCCUCGUCAAGUGUUUUUUGUCACCUUACAUACUAGCUAUAAACGUGUUGUAGCCAUAUUGAUUUAAUUUGGUGUCAUUGGACUGGAUUUGAGGGUAAAUAAUAUCAGCAAAUGUGGGGGUUUUGCUGGGGAACUGAUGCAAUAGGCAAGUUUUGUAUUCGCCGACGGACCUGGGACGAGUUUGAUUGCGAAGCUUAUGGGGGUCAACUUCUUGGCAAAAACAAAAACAAACAUAGGUAUAUUGCGGCUGAGUCGUUGAAAAACGAUACAAAUCAUGAAAAUAAUAAGAUUUCAAAGCUCAAACUUUACCAGUAUGAUGAAGGGAUAUCUGUUUCAAACAGCAAAACUUUGGAAAGAGCUGGUUGAACUAACCGAGACAUGAAAAAAGCCACAACUGAAGCGAAAAGAAGAAGUAAACUUCAGCUUAAAAAUGGUAAAUUAAGCUUAUGUUUAAAAGUCAAUAUUUGAUUCCCUUUUAUUUUCAAACUUUUUAUUAAUAUCAUCUGUAUUAUUAAUAAGUCUGUAUUCGACUUCUAAUCGAGUGAAAUGUGCAUACAUUGAUCGUUUUUCUACAUGUGGCUGAUUGUUGCAUCUGACAACUUGAGCGUGAGAAGCAGUAGAUGCAGCUAGUCUAGUGUACCAAAAAGGUUUUCACGAACUGCUGAAUAUCUCACAAUAACCAUCUUACACGACGUUAAGUAAACACCACAUAGGUAAAUUUAAAUUUCUCUAAAAAAAGUUGCGAUUGUCCAGUGUUUCAACCGAGGAGCGUUUGACGGCUCCGUUAGAAAGGGAAAUAGCCGGAUCGCAAUUAUUUAAACGAAAGGUACCUCAAGCACAUCUAAACAAAGUCACAGAGCCCAAUAUAAAAAAAUAUAAACAAACUCGCCCACUUUCUUGCCGUACAUUUUCAGCGACAACAUUAUUUUGCAUUUUGUUUGCGACGGAUCGAGAUCGAUCUUGCGCAUUCGGACGCUUUAAUUGCUAGACUCGUUGCUGCUGUCAGAAAUAAAGAAAGAUCUUGGACGAAAGCAAUGUUCAAUAUUAUAUUCGAGAAUGUCAAAUGAUAAAUAUUAUGUUGUGCCAAGACGAGAAAAAUUCAGCUUGGCACAAUGAUCAAAACAUCCUGUCGGAAAGAGACUUGCGAUGCAUUUGAAUUUGAAUAAAAUACAUUGUAAACAACUUUAUGCAAAUUUAGUAUUUUAGAUCGAUUCAUAUCUUGCGAGCCGCGUGCAAAGUUUAUACUACCGUUCGACGAGCGUUUUAUAAUAAUAUUAUUUUCUUGACUUUAAAUAUUCUUGUUAAUACAUUAAUUUUUAGGCAUUUCAAUGCCUAACUUAGGGGAAAAGUCCCACCUGCGUAAAACCAUGCAUGAUUGUUUAAAAUGAUUUAUACUAUUUAUUUAACAAGUUACAGGAUUUACGCGGAAUGUCAAAUGGCCUUUUUAAUCGACCUCACAGAUAUACCACGGGUCUUGGACGUUGUCAUGCUUAUGGUCUCUAGUACAAACAAACGAUAAUUUUUUUUCAACCAGAUUUUCGUAAUGUGUUGGUGCAGGAGCUGUAAUUAAUCGGCUCCUGGUUGGUGAUAUUCAAUGGGGUCAUAAUUUAUCAAUCAGCAGCACAAAACAAUAGUCAAAUUUGCUAGACGUACAGUAAAAUCAUUAGGCUUAUUCCCUCUUGCGACUUUAUCGCUCGCUCAUGAUCAGUCCCUUUCGAAACCGUUACAAUUUGUUUAGGAUACACGCCUAUGAACGAGAAUUUCGCUCACUUGUCCGUUUCGUGGAAAACAACCAUCAAAUUUGCAAGAUGUACAGUAAAAUCAUUCGACUUAUUCCGUCCUGCGACUUUAUCGCUCGCUGAUUGGGUGUUACGAAAACUAAGACCUAAGACCGUCUUAGUGUUCGAGACUAAAUUUACCGUUAAAUUUGACCAAAAACUCGGUGGAAAGGAUCGGACAGAAGAUAAUUUGACAGAUUAGACCUAUUCCGCUUACAAUUAGACUUUAUAUUUCGACGGAUUCGAUUUUACAGGGUCUUAGUUUUCGUAAUCUCAUAAACUAAGACAGGUCUUAGGUCUUAGUUUUCGAGGGUCUUAGUUUUCGUAACACCCCUCGCUGAUGAACAGUCUCUUUCACAACCAUUACGACAUUUAGGAUACAUGGAUGUUUACCGAUACAUGCCUACGAACGAAAAUUUCGCUCGCUUGUCCGUUUCAAGUCAUGAAAAGCUUGCUUCGUUUGCCGAAUCCUUACAAUUUUACGGUACAGCAAAACUUCUGACCAAACUGUAUGGCUUUUAUCCAUUUAACGGAAGCUGUGAUUUUUUCUAACACCUUUGCCAGCUGUUCUAACUAACGGAUACAACUAACGCCUUAAUGCUCUGUUGCUAAUAGCUAACAGAAACAGAGUUUUAGCUAACGGGUAAACUUUUCAUUCUAACGCUAUGAGGUUUAAAGCUAACGGUUGUGUUAACGCCUCUAACGUUUUUGAGAAAACUUUCUAAAGGGCAACUAAGGGAUGACUAAUGGUUUUGCCCGUUUAACGGAUAAGCGUUAAAGUACGUUUUCCCGUGUACGGUCACAUUUAACACCUCAAACUUCGGAUCUGGAGGUCCCUGUUCAAGGCUUGCCACCGUGUUGUUUCCUCAGACAAGAAACUUUGUUUCACUAUGUCUCUCUUCACCCUGGUGUAUAAUGGGCCAUUUCUGAGUUGAUCUAGACCUCUGUUUAAAAGCAAGGCUAAGUGCGAAACCAUUGAUAUGAAAAUGAUUUUUCAGUCUCAUGCAAGUGAAACUUAUCAUAAGAAAGGCUUUGCGCUCAGCCUCAUUUUGAAAAUGAGGGUUUUUGAAACUCCGGAGUGGUCUAUUGGGUACCAGUGACUUACUGCUACAGGGUUAACUCUGUCAGGAGCCCAUGACCCGGAGAGAGCAACUUCCAUGUACUUGUGUCACAGCAUUUUCACCAACCAGUUUAUUUUUAGAAAAAUUUUAGCAGGAAUUUAGAAUAUCUUUUAAGUCACACAAACCAGUCAGCUAAACUUACAGAUCUAAAAAGGAUAUUUUUGACCUUUUAAAGACAUUCUGUUUUUCUUUUUAAUAUCUUACACUUAAGACGCACUCAUAGACGGAGGCUGGAGGUUCCAUUUUUGCUGGAAAAAGUGCUCCAAAAUGUGUCUAAAAAUUAACCGGUCUGUGAUUAUGCUGUGACAUACAUAUGUACAUGUAGGCCUAGUAUGGGAGUUGCUCGCUUGGGGUUAUGGACUUCUGACCCUGUGAUGGACUAGCUCCCAUCCAGAAAGGAAAAAUACUCCUAGUUAUUUCAUGCUAUGGAAACUGGAAACCAGUCCCUUGCCUUGAAUGCAGAAUUACAAAAAACUCUCGAGAGAUGUUUCAUCGUCAUAUUAAUUUAAAUUUGAUGCAAUCAUCUUCUUUUUUUACAUUUUUUGAAGGAGCCGCAGUUUAGACCCCAAAACAGUUAUAGCAGUUGCGGUCUUGGUGUGUGCAACAAUUCUAUGGAUGUUAAUAGGCCACAUUCAGCAGUUCAUCUUGAGAAACUUGCUUCAGUAUAAAGCAUUUUUGUAUGAGCCAAGAGGGUAUGUAAAAUUCAGUUCCUGAUUAGACUUUAAAAAAAUGCACCUUUAUUUGAGUGUUAAGGUAUUUAGCAUGAGAGUUACCUAUUGGGGACACUAUUUUUUUACGUCUCCAACUGGAGACAGGACCACCAUUUUACGUGGUCAUCUGAGCCACACGAAGGUCUAGCCACUUGCAGUGCAAAGGGAGUACCUUCAUUUCUCAGUUAUUUUAAGGCCCUGAGUAUUGGUCUGGCCCCAGGAAUUGAACCUGCGACCUUCCGCUCUGCACUCAAGCACUCUACUGACUGAGCUAAUCCUGCUGGGUCUGUUUCAGUCUUAUCAGACUAUGAGUCAAACAUACUUAUGAAGUUCUGUCACAAAAUUAAUCAUGUUAAUAAUUGUGUCGCAACUUUCACUUUAUAAUAUUGUUAGAACACCAAGUCCCAGUCAUGCAAACGAUAGAUAAUACUAUUUGGUAAAAAAAAAUUGUCCAGUGGAUAAUGCAAUUAGCUUGUCCACUCAGUGCUUUAUCCAAUGGAGAGUGCUCUCCAUUGUUUACACUGCUGGGUCCUGAGAUGGCAAUUUUCAAGCCUGGUGAGAGAGUGAACCCUGGUGUACUGACUAGCUAGAGAAACAAAUCAGCUUUAAAUGCUCAGAAGAGGACUCAAACUAGGAAUCUUUGGAUAAUACGGAUCUUAAGCAACAACAACAGCAACGGCAGUAAAACGUCACUCAGAAAGUGAAUUUGCGCUGCUUCCAAUUUCAUCGCCCUUAUUCCAACUCUUUUAAUUUGUCAAAUGUUGGCAAUUUUUGCAGGAGUUGAAUUUAUUAUAAUGGACUGUAUCUAAGUUCAUAAAAAGAAAAAGAAAAUUGUUGUCUUGUGUUCAUGUCCUCCAUAAAACAUGAAAUUGGGAAGUUUCACAUUGUAGUCAUGCAGUAACGGCAAAGAAAUGUAACAAAAAGCGUGAUGCAUGAGCAAAGUUGAUGUUUUGCCAAUCUAAACCUAUUGCUUCUUUGCCCUUCUCGUUCCGGUUGCCAUCGUCGUUGCUAGGGCUCUCCACUGUUUGCCACUCUAGUGGUCUGACCACUCAACCAUGCUACCUUCAUAUGUUCUAAUAUAAAAUGAUAUGGGCUCAAUAAUAAUUAUUUUAUAGUUUAAUAAUCAAGACAUGUUGUCUGUUGUUGUUGUUUCGGAUAUGUUAUUCUGAGAGCACAUCUGUAACAAUCUAUGGAUGUUCCAUAUUUGUUCUUCAGAAAAUGAGUGAUGUUUUCCUCACAAAACAUGAACUAAUAAAGAGUUGUUUUAACUUAUAAAAGCUCUUAUCUUUUGAAUCUGUUUUAGAAAGCUGUCAGCAAAAACAAAAUGCGUACUGGUAUGUCUAUCAUUCAUCAGUUUCAUACUCUUUAAAGCUUCUAAGAGACUAUUCAAAGCAUUUUAUUGGAAUUAUUGAAACCUUUGAAAGGAAAGCUGUCAACAAACCAGGAAUUGGACCAGAUCAGACCAAUCCCUGAAACUUAUAUGUACCAAUUAUUGAAGAAAGGUUGGGAAUAGGGUUGUCAGCUUUAAACUGAUCUGGUCUGAUCCAGUUGUUGUCAACAGCCUGAACAAAACUCUUUUAUACACACUUGUAGAACUAAACUGUAUGUAAGUUCUUAUGUAGUAGUGCAGUGCUAGUUUGCUCCAGGAAUGGUAGGUGGCCUCUGGCAGUUUACUUCUGCCUUUGGGCAUCAGGAAAAGCUUUUAGUUGACAUUCGUACAUUUUUUUGUUUUUGCAUUAUUCUCAUGUAGAAUUCUUCUGUGAGACAAAUAUAUGUAAGGAGUUUGCUGAAAUCUGCCUUUUAAAACAAAAAUCAAAAAUCAAAAAAUUUCUUCCCUUUUUCAUGGAAGCCUUUACAUCACAUUCCUGUGUUAUUUUUAGUUUCACUAAUAUUCUAUUUGCCGUGGUUAUUGCUGUACGAUUUAUACCUUAUGUAUAACAUAUAUAUAUUGGUUUUGUUAAUGUUUUGAUCGCAGGGCCUUGUGAAACUCCUAGGUGGCAAGAAUCCAACUCUUUACAGCUAUGAAAAGUCUUUACCGUAUCUGCCUGUUCCAGAUCUGGAUGCUACGAUGAAAAGGGUAGAGUAUUAAUUAAAAGUCCUUUUUGCCAAAUGGAGUAUGCUUAAAUUAACUCCUGCCCUUUUAAAACUUUUAAUUACCGACACAUUUUGUGUGUUUUCAGUAUUUAGAAUCAGUCAGACCUGUCCUUUGUGAAGAACGUUUUAAAGAGAUGGAAAAACUAGCUGAGGAUUUUAAGGUUUGGGACUUACAUAAACAAUACAAUUUGUAACUGUGCAUUUAAUAUGAACUGUUAAGUUGCAAGUGUUUUACACUUAAAUUUGUUCUGAUCAUUAUUUUGUUCUAGAAUGGGCUUGGAAAAAGAUUACAACGGUACUUAGUCUGGAAGUCAUGGUGGUCCACAAACUAUGUAAGUUGUAAUGCUGGUGUCCCCUUUAAAUAUUAUUCUUUCUUGCCUUUGUUCAAGUGACAUUUUGUAUUGUUAUUUUGCCAUGGAUAGCUAUCAUAAUUUCUUGAUUUUGGUAUGUCUAGUAGCCGCAAGUUUAUCUGGUUGGCUUUUUUUGGGCAAGCAAGUAGUUGUUUCUUUUGUUGAGUCUAUCAUUAUAUUACAUUGUGUGAAGCUAAAUUUUUGAGCAACACCUGGCAAAGCAGGACUUAUUUUUUACUGUAGUCGUUUUUUAUGUUACUCGAACAUCAAAACUACCAAAAUGAUUCCAAGUACAAGCACCAAGAAGACAGGGCUUCUGAUGUUUCGCGCGGUCACGGAGCCGCGAAAUUCAGGUAAAUCCAUGAAAUCCCGCGAAAUACACAAAGACAUGCAAAAUACCGCGAAAUUCGGUAGAAAUCUUAUCAAAUACAUGUCUGUACUUAUUUUGAAACUUGUCUCAGCUACUGGGGGUAUUUACUUGCCGUAAACUCGCAAAUUUAUGUCAAAACUUCGUCACUGAAACGUGCAAACAACGUUCCGAAACUACCAGGCGUAGAUUAUGUUGUGAAAAACUGGGCACUAGCCAUGAUGUUAAAGGCUUUGCAAUUGGUUCAUUUCUAGAGCGUAUUGUUGUUAAAAGAGCAAUUAAUGAUGUCCUCUGUUAGAAAAACAUUAAAAACGCUGGUCUGAUCAGCGCAAAACCGAUCGAUUUCUUGCCAAAUUUGCCCUGAAAAUAACCACAAAAUCCGCCAUUUUUUUACCGAUUGCUUUCCGGCCAAGUUUGCCCUGAAAAUUCCCGCGAAAUCGACUGAUUUUUCCGCGAUUUUGUCCCCAAAAAUCCUACAAAAUUUGACUUUUUUUCCGCGAAUUAUCAGAAGCCCUGAGAAGACCAUGAUCGUAAAGAAUUCCCACCUAGCUGACAUAUACAGUUGCCUAACAAAAUGUGUCUUAUGCGAAUAAAGUAAUUAAAUUUGUAGUUUUUGUGAUUAUUUGAUUACCAGCUGCUAUUUACACGUACAUGUACAUAACUGUGUGCACAUUCAUAUUAGUAGAUCAGGGAUAAAAUUACUGGAAUAACAGCAAACGUAAUAACGUCUGCUAAUUUUUUUUUUGUAUGAAGAAGCAGUCACUGCAGUAUUUUGUUACACAAGAAGCAUAUUUUCCAGUUAACAUUAAAAAAUAGUGAUAUUUCAUAGUAUUAACCAUAUUGUUUUGUAGAUAAGUGAUUGGUGGCAGCAGUAUGUGUAUCUUCAGUCCAGGGAGCCACUGAUGAUUAACAGUAACUACUAUGGUGUGGUAAGUAUUUACUACACAAACUGAUACAUAUUUUCUUGUCUGUACCUUUGAUACAUGUACCCAUAACAUAGAAUAUACACAUUACUAAAAAUACCUCUGCAAAAGAAUUUUGCUCUUGAGCACAACAUGAUUUUUUAAGAAUUUUUUGAAAAAUUCAAAUUUUCUGCCAUUUUGGCUUUCAACGUGUUGUAGUCUUCUCAUACUUAGAAAGCUCUCUGAAACAAAGGAGCUGUGAUGCAGAUUAAGGAACUACAUGAUUGUAUGAGGUAAAUUAAGGAACAUGUGACUUUAGACACAUUAGUAAACAAGUGUGGAUUUCCAGAAAACAGCUUUUAAAAGGUAAAGCAUGCCAGUGAGAUGCACUGCAGUCAGGUACAAUAACAGUAGUGACCCUGAGAAAUGGACAGGCAUGCAGGCAUUUUGUUCGGUGCUAAUUUUUUUUUGAAGAGGUUCGUGACUUAAUGUGUUCUUCAGUUGACAGAAUAAAAAAUUUUCAUAUUCUAGGCAACUAAGACUUCUGUCAUUCAAUCAAGAGUCCUUUAGGGCUUUAUUCCAUGCAUUCCUUCAUUAUUUAAACAUUCAAAAUAAUUUAUUGCUGUGUUGUGUUGUGUUUUUUUGUCAGGAUGCUGUUCACGUCCCAUCACCAAUUCAAAGUGCUAGGGCAGCAAACAUUAUCCAUGCCCUGUUCCUGUAUAGGAAACAGAUUUUAAAGGAAAAGCUUGAACCUGUAGGUGGUUAUGAUAUGGCACACCUGAUAAGUUAAUAUCUGUUUUUUAACAUGAAUUUCAAUCUGUUACAGUGUAAUUGCAAUCAUGACAAAGCAAACAACAAUACCAUUAUUGAGCUAUUUCGAAAAAAAUAACUCAUAUGUCAGUGGUUUGGAAUUGAGCAAAUGUAUCAGGGUGCAAAGAAAGUCAGUUUUACAGCCUGCCAUUCGGGCAAGCUGUAGCUAGCAUGUACUAGCCCACAAGUCAUUUCAACUAGCCCCAAAACCCUUUUUUGAUUAGCAGGAUUGAUAACCAUCCUUCUGUAAUUUGAAUUUCCCCAAAAAAUCCACUUGUCCGUCGCACAAGUUAAGAACAGAAUUCACUAGCCCGAAAGCAAAAUCCUCUAGCCCCGGGCUGUCGGACACGACUUUCUUUGCACGCCGUGUAUCUUUAUGUCUUUGUAUGUUCGGAUGUUUGUUGCAGGGGCCAAUAAGGUUGACGGUACUAUGAGUUGAUAGGUAGGAACCAAUGAGAUUUUGGCAUCUCCCAACUGAGCUAACCAGGCGUAAAUGAAAAGAGAAAUUAUUAAUUCUCAUAACUUUAUCUAUUGACAAUGUAUGGAUAUUGUUAGGAGAAAAUUGAUGUUGGUCACUAUUGGCACUUAAAGGGAUAACACCGCUUUCAUACUCGUAUUUUCCUGUAUUUUAUCAUAGUAAGCAUUGAUACUAGUAGUUUUGUUUCCAUCCAUUUUGCAGCAAUUUGCCAUGGGUAUCAUUCCACUUUGUUCAGAACAAUUCAGGAAAACAUUCAGCACAACAAGGAUACCACUUAAAACCCAAGGUAACAUUGAAUAACAUUGAAAACUUGAAUUGGUUUCUGGAAGAGGAAUUAAUGUCAUUCAUGCUGUUUGUUUGGACUUGUUUUGGUUCAUAAUAAAAUCAGUUGAAUGUAACUGAAUAAAAUUAAAUGUACGGCAAAAAAAACAUACAGUUGAUUGCAAAAGUCUUGUGCGGCCUCCUGUACAAAAGUGCCAUACCGCACCACAGUAGUGCUUCAAUAACAAAGCUUUACUGCUAAAUUACCGUAUUUAGCAGGAUUUAAGAGGCCAAACAGUAGCCUAACGCAAGUUUCAGUGGGAUCUAAAGGGCUGUGCAGCCAUCAAGGCUCUUGGCUGUUGUAAGGCUACAAAAUCAGCUCUGGUUGAUCUGAUAGUCUACAACUCCCUCAAGUACCAAUAACUUGGAAUGCCAGAAAAGCUUUUGCCACAGAUUUUGGCUUUUAUAGAAAACUUUGAUUGUACCUGCAAGAAAUAUGAGUCUGGAUUGUGCACGUUGAAGAUCACAUAAUAAAAUAGUCCUUCAAAUUCUACGCUUAUGGGAAUAAACAUUUCAUUUAAUUUAAUUAUGUGCCUGACAAGUGAGGGAAUUUAAUUUAUGGUUAUUCUGGAGACAUUCUAGUCUGUAAUCUAUUGUUUUAUUCUUUGUUUGUGUUUUGUUUUUUUCCUUGUUUGCUCUGUGUUAUCCCUUUAGAUCACAUCCAUCACCAUGGUUCCUCGAACCAUGCUGUCGUCUACCACCGUGGAAGAUUUUUCAGACUCCAUGGCUAUCAUCGUGGAGUGCUGUUGAAGCCUGCUGAUCUUGAGAGGUAUGGUUUAUUUAACCCUUUAAGCCCUAAGAGUGAUCAGCAUCAAAUUUCUCCUUGUAAUAUCAACGCUUUGUAAAACAGAGUGGUCAUGAGACUUGUGGACAUGAUCACACAAGAUGAAUUUGCUUGAUAUUUUAUCAACUUCUCCCCACUUCUUCUAUAGGAAAUGAGUAGGGGCAACAAAUGAGAUUUCAAAUUUUGAUCUUAGGGUUUAAAGGGUUAAAUUUAUAUAGUACCUCUUAUUUGGUGUAACAUUUUCAGCUGCCUGCUAUGAUGCUUGAUGGUAAUGACAACGGUGUAAGGAUGAUGAUGACCAUGAUUGGUUUGUGGGUUUAAAUACGUUUUUACAGUUUUUUUUUUGCCAUCAAUGUUUGAACAUGCUUUUAUUUCAUUCCAUUAAGACAAAUUGUCAAAAUUCUUGAGGAUGAAUCAAAGCCUGUCCCAGGAGAGGAACUUCUACCAGCUCUGACCAGCGCUGACAGGUUGGCAUUUUUAAUAAUGAUAAUGAUAAUGAUAAUAAUAAUAAUAAUAAUAAUAAUAAUAAUAAUAAUAAUAAUAAUAAUAAUGUUAAUAAAUGCAGUACUUGAUUAUCCUCUCCCCUUAUGUGUCUUUUCAGCAGUAAUGAAACAAGUAGUUCUGAUGGAACAUUAUUAACACUACUAAGAAUCCCAACUGGUAGGAGACGAACCAGUGGGCUCUUUUACAACCAUUGCUGAGGAUUUAAACUAAGGAUUACCCAGGAACAAAUCUAGCCUUUAGUUGAUGGGGCAGGACUUAACUCGGGACUUCCAGCAUACUAACUGCUCUGCCACACUGCACCCUUUAGUUUUCCUAACCAGAGUCUGCAAGUGAAUGUACUUUUUGAAAAGUAUUAUUCUCAAAACUAGGAGUACAACAUAAAUUUUCACAUCACGUAUUGCUCAAGUCUUUUGUUUGAACUUUUGAAUCUGUGGCCAACAAUAAUAUUGUGAUAAUGUAGUGAUUAAAACGAAAUCUCUUCUUCAAUAUUUUAUCAUGAUUAACUAUUUAUUUAUCAGUCGUGAAAAAUGAAGUGCCAUUUUCAUGGAACUGUCUUCAAAACGUCUUGAUAUAAUUUUCCUGGUAUGUUAUAUUAUAAACCUGACCCUUGCAAAUGUAAUUGUAGUCAUAUUAAUUACAAUGGUUUUGAACUCAGAAACCUUUGGGCAGAGACCAGGAGCACCUACUUCAGUAGGGGUGUGAAUAAGCAGUCUUUGGAUUGUAUUGAACAGGUAAGUUAAUUCUUCCUCAUAUCAGGAAUAAAAUUUAGUAAUAAUUUUUCUGGAGAGAAUCACCUUCACGAUCGAUUCCCGCUAUAAAUUUUGAUUUCUUCUUAACAGGUUUUUUUUUUUUGAUGAAUUGGAAUUAAGUUAAUUCCCUUGUUAUGCACUGCACAUCAAUUAGUGAGCAGAACAGUGCGACUUUAAAGGUGGUAAUGAUUUUCACUGGUUGCCAAAAAAGAGGUAACUAAGGUCCCUUUUGUUGUCCAAAUGCUUUUAAUAGCGAUUUUGAUGACUCUAACUGGCUAAAAAGGUGUUUGUCUUGAAACUCAGUCCCCUCACCCAAAAUGAUCAUUUGAAGCCGAAGUUGUCCCUUUGUUGUCCUUUUGUGAUGAAAUGAGGAUGAUGAUCCCCCCUUUUUUUUUUGUGGUUUUUGUGCAUUAUGGCUUCACAAAAACAUGCAUUAAGGAGAAAAAAUCUGGAAAGUAGAAGUUAAAUUUUUUUAGAUGUGAAUGACACAGGGAAGUAUGAGAUAAUGUUAAAACUGUCCAUUUCUCUACAUUUUUUCAAGAUCAGGUAAUUAAUUUGAAGUCACUUAAUUGAAAAAAUUAGGCUCUAGGUUUUAGUAAAUUUCGUAAUUUUUCCUAUAUGAUAAGAAUUUUUAUUAGUUGGUCAAGUUUUGAGCAUUUGGCACGUAACUGGGAAAAAACACUCAGAAUUAUGGGCACACACUGGGCCAAAACAAGCACGGUGACCCCAUAUUUUCAUUGCAGUUUUUGAAUGUCCUAUAUGUGGCUGACAUUUGUGCCAAGUUUGAAAAGAAUCUGGAUAGUACAUCCUUUUCAAGGGAAUUACCUAAAAAGAAAAUUUAUGUUUUUAACACGUGUAUUGGGCAUAAACCAGCAUGAGCGACCCUGCUAUAGACAUCAUCUAUUUAGGGCUUUGCAUGGUAGUUAAAGUUGUGUUCAUGAGAAAAAGAGAAGUAUAUUUGGUUAAUGGUUUUUGACAAAAAUUUUUUUCUGCCUUUUCAGGCUGCAUUUUUCCUCAAUUUGGAGGACUUGGAGAUGAAUUAUGGCGAGGUAAUGUAGUAAACAAUAAGCAAUCUAUAUUAUCGUCCAUAUGAAUUUGGAAAAAGAUUGAAUUCCACUGUCCUUAGUUUGUAGUAGUGGGUCUCACAUUAAAAUUGGUAUUUUUGAGAAGUGUUCAGCCUGUUCAUCUUUUUUGUUCUUAACUUUAAGGUUGGUAUACACUAGAUGACAAGUUGCAGCAAUAUGUCACACUGCCACGUCACAGCGACAAAUCACUUUGUGUGUACUGGACAAUUUUUAUGAAAAUCUUUGUCUCCGCAACAGAAUUUUGUCCCAGCAACAUGUCACAAAAAAUCAAAUCAUACAAUUUGUGCAACUUGUUGGAGCGAUAAAAUUCUGCUGCAGAGACAAAGAUUUUCACAAAAAUUAUCCAGUACAAACGAAGCGAUUUGUCACUCUGAUGUGCCACUGCUAAGUGUUGCUGCAACUAGUCACCCAACCUGUACACACGGAGUGACCUGUAGCCACGACUUAUUGCUGCAACUUGUCAUCUAGUGGGUUACAAUGCUUAGACGACAUGGGGAAGUCUUUGUCACAAAGCAGUCAUUGUAUCGUCUGGAAGAAAUUUCUUUCCUUACGUUAAAUUGACAAGACUAAAUAAAAUGGACCUGAAAAUGUGCACUUCACCCUUUUGUUAAUAUGAAGUCCCAGGGGCCCCACUCACAUAUUUUAAUGACGGGGGGGUCCGAAGGAUUUUUUUGGGUCUGACAUUUUGGCCAAAAGGGAUUUUUUGGGGUCUAUGAAAGACGCCGGGAUUUUUUUGGGUCGCGAUCCAACUUCAACUUUGGCUUUAGUCAAAAAAAAACUAUAAAUUGCUCUAUUGUUGUUUUGAGCUGAUGAAAAAUAAAAUACCCCAAAAAAUCUCUGGGUCGUUUUCGCGACCCAAAAAAAGCCCGGCGUCUUUCAUAGACCCCAAAAAAGCCCUUUUGGCCAAAAUGUCAGACCCAAAAAGAUCCUUCGGACCCCCCCGUCAUUAAAAUAUGUGAGUGGGGCCCCUGGGUAUGAAGUGCUUGUUAAGCCAAUUGUCAGGCUGCUUUUGUCAGGCUUAGUGCGUAUCAUUAGUUUAAGGUUUCAUUGAUGUCAGUCAUUUCUUAUGCAAUAACUUUUUUUUUACAUUAUUACCAACCUUAAAGCAAUGGAGUGCUGUAGUGUAAUAUUGUAAAGUUAGGCACGGAAAAAGGGGAAAAAUCCACUCCAAGUUAAAAUUCAAGAUGUCAGGGAUGUCAAAUUUGACAUUAGUGUUGUUGGUUCGUAAGUUCACGGCCUUGUUAUUUUGAAACUACAGGAGGAAUCAGAAGAAAUGGAUACUCUUUGUCGAUAUCUGCUUCAUGGCAAUGGCCACAGUUGUUGGUUUGAUAAAUCUUUUUCUACAUACAUUUUCAAGAAUGGCAGGGUAAGAUAUUGUUGUCUGCAUUUUUGUACUGAAUAUUUGUUUAGGUUGUUUGUGUUUUUACUCAUCCUUGUGGCUUGGUAAAUAUCAUUUACUCUUUAUACAAAUUCAAAAUAUCCUAUUUUUCCAAUUGGCUUAAACCCCUAGUUCAUUUACCUAACAUAAUGACAUAGCAACCAUCUCAACUAAAUUAAUAGACCUUUUUACCGAUACGGCGGCCAUAUUGAAUCAAUUAGAUUUAAGGAGUAUUAUAGGAUGCCCAGGGGGCAUGAGCACGAUCCAAUAUACUCACUCCGUAUUUACGCACGCUUUCCGGGCCAAUUUUUCUUUACGUUUUCCUAGAAAACGAUUGUAAUGGGAAAAAAAGACCGUUGUGCCGUGUUCGGAUGUAAUAAUGAUUGCAUUUUCCCCAAGAAAUAUACAAUGUAGUUCUCUUUUUGCCCACUGGUCAUACCAUAAUACUCCUUAAAUCUAAUAAAUUCAAUAUGGCCGCCUCAUCGGUAAAAUGGUCUAUUGGAGGCUUCAUGUUAUUUGUCAAUUGUUCUUUAUCCAUCAAGUUAAUAUAAUUUUUAAAUCCUCAUUCCUGUAUGUCAUUGUAUAGUAGAAUCCCGGUAACUCGAACUCUGAAGGGAAACAAAAAACAGUUCGAGUUAUCGGGGUAAAUUGCAGUGAAAUUUUGAUCAAGGGAAAGGAAAUGUAGUUCGAGUCAGCAGGGAAUUCUAGUUAUCUGAGUUCAAGUUAUCGAGGUUCUACUGUAUCUUACUUUUUAAACAUUUUUGGUAAUGUUUUUUUUUUUUUCUGUUAAUCCACAGUUUGGCCUAACUGCUGAGCAUUCAUGGUAUGAAAGCAAUAAACUGUUUAACUUUCUGUAAUUUUGAAUAAACGAAACAUAGAGCGGGCAGUGGGAGAGCAUUGAGGCGUCUGCAGAUAGGAACUUUUUAGCCUGCAUAGCAAGCGUUAAAGGUGGUGGUGGGGGGGGGGUGGUAAGAAAGAAAAGAAGGAGGGAGAAAAAUAAGCAGUCGGGUUUGGGGCGUUCCCUUCUUCUCUUUCUUACAAUCCCCCCUCUACGGUUAUAAAUCGUUAAAAUCAUGAAAAAUCGAUAAAGAUUUGACACAGCAAGUUAGUUCAUCGAUUUUCACUGAUUUUCGUUAUCAAUCAAUAAAAUUCACUUGAUUACUACCGUUUUUAUUGAUACCUAUUUUUAGCGAUUGACUACCCUGGGAGAUAGCCCAAGCUCUGUGAGCUAUGUCUGUUGUCCUUUGUAAUGUCAUGUUACCAUAAUUGAGUCUUUUUGUGUCUUGUACUGGUUUGGGGCCACCGUGAAGGCUAAUUUCUUGAGGUUUCAGCUCCAGUAGCUGUUUCCUAUUUAUAUACCUUGCCAAGGUUGGUGGGUUAAGCUCGUGAAAUUCAUAAUUUUGCCAUGAAAUUGCAUAUUUUCCCCGAUACUAGCCCUUACAUUUUCACUAUUACGCAACGUUCUGACCACGCUCAACCAGUUUGACAUUGCCAAGUUCAACAGACAUAUCUCAAAAAGCUUGGGCGACCUGUGAUGACUCUGGGUCUGUUGGAACACAAAAUUUCCUUGUAGGGAAGCUAACAAUGUCAUUAUGUUAUUUAGUCAUGAACUAUGAACCUGCCCUAAUACAUCCAUGCUUUUGAACUGUUCUGUUUGCAGGGCAGAUGCUCCAAUUAUGUCACAUCUUGGAGAGUCAGUUUUAGUUGACGAUAUUCACUUUUUGGGGUAUGUUAUUUACGUGAUAAGAAAAGGUGUGUCUAAUUCUUAAAAUCAGUUUCUUAAAAGACUAAAUAAUUCCUUCUUUUACCCCCGGCAGUAUUUAUAGCACUAAUGCUAUUUGGGCCAAGCAAAUGCAUGAAACAAGUAUUUAUUUUUAUUUGCUGCUAGCCUGCGAAAACAUCCGUUUCUCCUCGCUCUUCGCCGCUGGGGACAUUUCGCGUCCCCAGCGGCGAAGAGCGUGGAGAAACGGAUGUUUUCGCAGGCUAAUUUGCUGCGGAUAAUUCGUAGCUUUAAGAGCACUACCGAUGUUUUCUUUUGUUAUUAACAAUAGUAACAUUAUUAUGUUUCAGUUACAAAGAGGAUGGUCACUGCAAGGGUGAGCCAGAGUUUGUUUUGCCCCCGCCACCAAGAUUGCAGUGGGAUAUUCCUGAAAAGGUAAUCAUUAUAUACUCCACUCUAUAAGCUACGCAAAUGUAUAUAGGUGUGUGCCACCCCAGAGCCUGAGGGUGUAGAUGUUUAGCCCUUUUGGUAAGAUAUCGGGUAUGGUUUCCAAGGGAAUCACAUGAAGGGAAAAAAAUUUUGUGCUUGGAACAAUGUUCAGUGUCAAAACUACAUGUACUAAAUAGUAAAAAGAAUGCACAAAGAAUAUAUUGACUUCACUUGGAAAAGGUAAUGGUUCACAGACAGAAUACAACUUUCAGCUGCCAGGUCUGUAAAAUGACCACGACUUUUAGGGCAUACACAUGCAAUUCAGUUGUUUUUUUUUUGCUCAGUUGCUAACCAGUCAAGCAGUAAAAUUGUGGAGGAUGCAGGUUGUUCUUUCUUCAUGCUCAAUCGCAUAAUGAAUGAUUUUAUUUAUUUUGAAUCGUUUUAUUUGUUUUGUUGUUUCUUAGUGUGUAUCAGUAAUCGAGACUUGUCAGAAGAAUGCAGAAAAACUCAUCAGUGACCUUGAUCUUCAUGUCUUGGCACACACCGCCUUCGGUAGGUUGCUCUAGCCGCUAUAAUGUGAAGACUUACCCAUAACUUAUUGAUAGUCACAUUUAUUGCGUUUGAAGAAAGAAGAUGCAGUUCUAAUCUGGCAGACUUUGUUGGGUUGCCUGUGUAUCACAACAUGGAUAAUUCGUGAUUGGUCGUUGACAGCCGUUUGACCACCCCUCCCUCUCGUGUUCAUGUUUUUCACGGACAGGUCGGGGGGGGGGGUACUUCCAUAUAUGGGCUAUAUAGGUAUGUGCUGCUGUGAAGGGUAUGGUUUUUGUAUAUAAAUCAGAGCGUUUGGGUCUAGAAUAGGGUAUCAUUCUUCAGGAAACUGAUCAGUUGGUUGAAGAUUUUAUCUAGACUAGGGAAACAGCUACUCUAGGAUAGGGGGGAUUUGGGGACUUCACUCAAGUAUAGGGUAGCAAAAUUCAGCUGAACUAGCUCUGGUAUAGGUUAAGGGUUCCAGGGUCCCAGCGGCACAUCCCCACUCAGAAAUUCCUAAAGUACCCCCUCCCCCCGGGGGACAGGUCAAGUACAGCCCUCUUAAUAACGCCUCAACUUCUAUUUUAGGAAAGGGAGCCAUCAAGAAGAUGAAAGUCAGGUAAAUGUCUUUGUUAUUUACAUACAUUCCCUUUAGUCCCUGAAAGGAAAAUUGUGAUGGAACCUCUACUCAGCCAACAAGCAUGUCUCUAAAGGCUCUUUUUGCUGCGAUUAAAAAAAAUCGCGCAGGUGAACCAUAGGAUGGCUAUGAAAGGCCAGAAAGGGAUAAUUACUGCGGGAAACAAAAGUGAGUAGAGAGCGUAAGAUUCGAGGACGGGGACGAUAUUUAAUUUUAAGUUUUCUCGCUUAUUCUUUAAAAUAGACACCCCAGAAAGCUUCAUUGUACUUUUUUUCACCACCAAAGUUAGCACGCUUACCUCCGUUGAAGGAAGUGAAGCCCUCACCCGAUCGCUAAAUGAUAAAAUUCCUAACAUUAUUUUGAUAACUUGUUAAAACUCGUGGUAGACUGACGACGGCUACCACACUUUCCCGCCAAAAUGUCGUUGGUUCGCGCGCGUGCACUACUUAGUUUUGAGAAAAUGUCGUACUCGUCUUGUAAUCUAAAGCUCCGUAAUGUGAGAAUUCUCGCGGGAAAUUGUUUUUCUCGCGGUGUGCGUAUCCACGAUUAACGUUUAAACGUUUCCUCUGCAGUCCGGAUGCAUUUAUACAGAUGGGUCUUCAACUGUCUUACUUCAAGGUUUGUGGAUCUUGCCAUGUUUUAUGUAACAAGUCAAACACGUUGAUAAUUUAUGCCAAAGAUUGCCGUUUCACUGAUUCUCGCGCUACGCGAUUCUCGUAGCGCUGGAAACGAGACGCGACUCGUAACUUACUUUUGAGCGGUAUUGUAUUAUACCGCAUCCGGACACUGAGAAUUGAAGGGAAUUUAAAUGAAGAACGACAGAAAAGCCUGUGCUUUCGCGUACUACUCGCUCGUGACCUCUCGUGAAACACUUUGGCGAGUGUGUAUAGCUGGUCAGAUGAUUAGAAUUCUUGAGGAAAUUCACGGUUAAAGUUCGCAAGAUUUGAUGGUAAUCAGAAUCUGAUGUCCAAACCUUCUUUAUGGUAGUGAUUUCCUUUGUUUUUCUCUCAUGAGUUAUUAGAGUUUUUAGAAAGACUCGUGUGGUAACGGGUUGUGAAAAAAUUCUACGUUAGGGUGUGAUCUGACUACAACUUGAAUCAUGUUGCUGCAAAUUUGUGACUUAUUGUUGUUCAUAAUAUCUUAUCUAGGACCAAGAGCAUUUCAGUUUGUCCUAUGAGUCUUCUAUGACAAGGCUUUUUAGGUAAGUAGUCUUUGAAGGUACUUAUCAGGGUAUAUCAGGGUAUAAAAGUUUUUAUCUUUAAUAGAAAGUCAACCACAGACAGAAAUCAUGAGUACCUUAACCAUAACAGAUGUUAACAUUAAGGUGCUUAUUAUACAAAGUUGUGAUUAAAUGCAUGCACGUUCAAAUAACGAAAUGCAAGAAAAUAUAACCCAUUGGCUAAGGAGAUAAAUAACAUUAUUUUGCAUUGUACUCACUAUCUGCUAAAAAGGCUAUAACUUAGAACUAGCUAAAAUAUUGUUAGAAAAUGAACUGAAUUGAAUUUCAUUGAAUUGAAUCUGUCUUCUCAUUGGCUAAGAGCCUACAGUUAAUUUUGGAAAUCAGCGCAACCAACAAAUUAGUUAGUUAUCUGCUAGCAGAAUAAUCUGUAGGUUGCGCGCUCAAAGCGUGAUUUCCAAGAGUAAUGUCAAAAUCACAGGGUGGCGAGAGGCAUCUUUGCACUGAGCUAUAAAAACGUAGGACGGUGUGUUGGUCGUUAUUUUCUUCAAAAACAAUUAUUAGAUUCGGGUUUUGUGACACCCGGAAUGAUCAAGGUCUAGGCAAGUGUUAUCACAGGCAGACCACCCUUCAAGUAUGCUUAUUAGAUUCCAUGGUUUGUUUCAGAGAGGGACGUACAGAGACUGUGAGGCCCUGCACAAUGGAGGCCUGUGCUUUUGUCAGGUCAAUGCGCAACCCAGCGGCAACAGUAUGUAAAUUCUCUUCUAUUUUUAUCAGCCUGUUUGAACCAAAACCGGUUUUAGCCAGUUGAUUGGAAGAAAGAAAGGGGCGCACGACGAAGACACGCGUGUCUCCCUCGCGCGCCCCAUUCUUUCUAUCGCCCGUUACUUCCAAGCGCCUGUUGCGGUUGCCAAUAAAACACUUUUUGAACCGUCGAUCGGGCUAAAAUACGGUUUACUGUUUUUUGUUUCUUUAUAGCUUCGCCAACUGCAGUGAUCUUGGUCAUACAUGUACUAAGGCGGUUUUUUUUUAUUCUGACAGAAAUCUGAGAGGAAGGAGUUGUUUAUCAAGGCAGCGGAGGGACACGUCAAUAACUUCAAAAGGGCGAUGUCUGGAGAAGGUAAUUUUGAACCUUAUUAUUAUUCCAAUAUUUAUUUUCUUUAUUCUAAUUUGUUUUUUUCUUUUACCUUCUGCUGUGUAUUAAUGUUGUUAAUUUGUU